GAUGUUAAAGCUGGGGCCUCUGGUCUGCUUCUCACUCAGCUGCGCCUUGAUAUGAUAGGAUAAAGUCUUGGCUUAUGCCCUUCCCUAGAGCCUAGCUGAUCGGCUCAGAGCACAGCUGGAUCCCUUGCAAGGCGGUGCUGGCCCCAUGGGCAGUCUAGGUAAAGGGGAGAAACGUCUUUCCACAAGAGUGAGUCAUGAGUCGCGUUCAGUUUCAGAGUCUAGCUCCAGCCAGCAGCUUCUUUCCUGCCGCGGCUGCAGGUUUAUUUGCUUCCUCUGACAAGGUGAGGUCAGGUGAUGUCGUUGGAGCCGGAAGCUGAGUGUGGAUGAAGGGUGGGGCUGUGGUGGGUAUGAGGGUGGCUAGGAGCAGGAGACACCUGUCCUGAGACUGUGUGGGAUCCCACUUGGCCUGUCAGCUGGCUCUGAGGACCUGCCCAGAAGACAAACCUGUAUCCUGAGAACCAGACCAGUUGGCCUUUUCUGCUGUUUCUUGCUGAGGAAUCCAUCUUGGUCUACUUUCUGCAUUCUCUUUGCCUUUGACCUGCACACCUCCAGCAAGCACAGAGAGAUCUCAGAGGAGUCUGUCCCAAGGAUUCCUGCCGAUGCUUGUCUGAUCCUGCCUUCUGGGAAGCAUGGCCGCCACAGGAUUACGGGACAAAUAUAGACCCUGAGACACACAGCUGCUCUGAGAGGCACACUCUACAGCCUUGCUUGGCUCCAGGUGCUGCCAAGUCUUGAAACUCACGCCCAUCCCAACAAUGCCUUCAGGAGCCAUGGCCACAGCCGUAUGAGACCAUUACAGAGCAGGACUUGACCUUGCUACACAGCAAGCCUCCCAAGUGGCCCCACCACCUCCCAUGUCCAGCUACCAGGGCAGACUAGAGAAUGUCUGUGCCCCGGAUCCAAGUGGAAGAAGUGGGUGAGAAAGACAGGCCAGCAGGGGCAGCCAUACCUCCCGACGACCACCUCCUCAGCCUGAAGGCCCUCACUGAGAAGCUGAGGCUGGAGACCCGAAGACCUUCCUACCUGGAAUGGCAAGCCAAGCUGGAGGAGCAGACCUGGCCUUUUCCGAGGCCAGCUGCCCAGCAAGAGGCGAGUCUGGAGCAGGGAGCAUGUGGGGGUGGAGAGCCUUUGAUGUCUCUAAGGGAGCCCAGAGAGCUUCUUCCACCUGCCAGGAGUGCCAGUGGGGGUGACAGGCCACUGGCCACAGACAAGCUGGAAGGCUUCCGGAGUAUCGACGAAGCCAUCGCCUGGCUCAGAAAGGAACUGGCAGAGAUGCGGCUCCAGGACCAGCAGCUGGCCAGGCAGCUCAUGCGCCUCCGAGGAGACAUCAACAAAAUGAAGAUCGAGCAGACCUGCCGCCUGCACAGGAGGAUGCUCAAUGAUGCUGCCUUUGAGCUGGAGGAGCGGGACGAGCUGUCCGACCUCUUCUGCGACUCCCCGCUGGCAGCCUCCUUCAGCCUUUCCACCCCGCUCAAGCUCAUUGGCGUCACCAAAAUGAACAUCAACUCCAGAAGGUUCUCUCUCUGCUGAGAAGCCUUGGGAUGGAAUGGGAACCAGAGUCAAGGGGGAAAGAGAGAGGGGGCUCAGACCAAGUUACCCAAAGUGGGUCUCCCUGAGGCCAUGCUGGGGAGGGAAAGGCACCAGGACCUGGUGGUAGUAUGCCAGGGGCUUCAGCUUUCUAUACCUGGGUCUUCGUGUUCCAGACCCAAAGAGUCACAGACACUACGUAAGACAGGGCUCUCAGCAGGAUCCCUGUGGCCUUCCCCUCUGUGGCCUCUUUCCUGUGUCCUAGAAUCACUGGUGCUAUGAUGUCGAAUCCCAUAGGGGACACUCCUCCCAUACCCCUGCCAAAGCUUGUUCUUAUAGAAAACUCUACUCUAGGGGAGCUGAGAUUAUUAGAUUAUGUAAAUUAUUCCCAUCUCUCAUGUUCUGUUACCACCUUCUUAGUGCUAGCUCUAAUUGCCCCUAAGUAGGAGACUCGGCAGAGAUGUGGUAGGACAGGAAAACUUAAAGGAAUAACAAGGUGACACGUGGGAAAGCAGGCUUCUCUUCCAUGGCUGCCAGCAUCCCUGGGAAGGAACUCUGCCCAGCUACUUUGAACUUCAGCCCUGACACCACAAGGCCAUGUUAUUUCCAGCUUGCUCCAUGACAUAUGACACAUGUACUUUGUAGAGCUUUGGUAGAGCGACCCAGAUGUCCUACUGUUUUCCGGCACAAUCACUUCAGUUACUUCACUGCCACCCAUAACCCUGGAGAAUACCUAGCAGGCCACUGGCCACUGGUGGCUAAACUAGGCAAGGUAGGAUAUAGAUUCCCACAAGUGAACCUACAGUAGGGGCAUGACAGAGGCCUCCUGGUGGGACUAGAUAUUGUCACCUGUAUCACCUUAUCCUCAACACCAAAGACCCCAGGUAUCCCAGAAGUCCAUCCUGAGUCUUUCCCAAAACUGUGCCUAACCUAAGCAAUGGAUUUCAAUUGACCAUGACUGUUAACUAAUGCAUUGCUAACUUGUUAAUACCUGUCUGAGUCUUGUCCAAAUGGAAAACUAGUUGAGUAAGCCAAACAGAGUUUGGGCUUUAGUUUUGAGAGUUUUCCCCUAGCAUCAAGCUCAAGAUCAGUAAAAUGUCAAGCUCUUCAGUUCAGGGAAGACCUGGUAUAGUGCACCUGGCCACAAUCCUCUUAACACAAGUUUCUCAGACUCCGGGUGUGUCUAGUGAGGCCUGCUUGUCUCAGACUCUGGGUAUGUCUAGUGAGGCCUGCUCGUGAGCAGAAAGGCAAAGUGAAGCUCAAAAAGAGAAUGACUUCCCUCUAGUUACCUGGAUGCUCCAUGGCUAUAGAAUAUUAAGGUAUAAAAUUACUGUGAGUCAGGCCCAGAUCUUCACCAACCAACUUGAACUCCAAAAGAUGGCACUGAUGUUCUGCCAAACCCACAAGUUGCCAGCUUCUCUCUCCCUCCCUCUCAGCCCCUACUCAUUCUUCUCUGGCCUAGCAAUCACUAGUAUUGGAGGUAUGGAGACACAUGAUGCCCAGAUGGUGGACGCUUUUAGCUCUCACCACUUGUCAUAGCUCUGCAGUCUACAUUGACUGUUCCUGUAUAUAACAUUUCUUCCUCCUAAUAAUCCCCGUGGGCUGUGUCCAUACACGCCACAACACACCCAGGGAGAGACUGGAAUGGAAAGAUAGUACUGAAUGGUCUCUUCUUUGUGAUUACAAAGAGCCAACAAUUUGUAUUUCCCUUUUUAAAGGUAGAACAAGGUCACCAAGAUUUCUUAUAAGCCCUGAAGUCCAGAGGCCUUGACCCUAGUCCCUUCCUUAGAGACUACACAAAACACUGCCAAGUCCUAAGAGACCUUUAUUUCCCAUCAUUUCCUGCUUCUGGUCACCCCACCCCACACCCCUGGUGAACAGAGAACACAUAAGAGAAGGCCCAUUCCAUAUUCUAAAAGCAAUGCCAAACUGUAGGAAAUUAAAUCAUUAGCCAUGGUAAUGUAUGUCUUUAAUCCCAGCACUCAGGAGAUGGAGGGAGGAAGAUCAGGAGUUGAAGACUAACCUAUGAUACACAGUAAGUUCUCCAAGCCAUCCUGGGCCAUAGGAGACCAUGCCUCAAAACAUAAAAGUCAUCAGUCAUUCCAGUAACUGAUACCCUUAGCUUAAAGCAAAGCACAGUGCUCGACUUGGAUGUGGUCAACAACUAUGUGACUGAGCAUUCUGCGCUCAACCAGCUGGGUAAGCACCCAGCCUCUUCCUCCUGCUUCUAUUCUCUGGGGAAACUGUCCUGGGCAUGGGUUUGAAUAGAUUAGAUGUCUCAGCUUAAGUUGUUCAUCCCAAAGGAAUCUUAUUUUGGGAUGAGGAGGGGAAUUGUGGAGGGGAUUGAAAAGUUGGAGGGGAAAGCUGUUUUGUCUUCUUACCUGCAGCCUAGUACCUGUUAGCUGCCUGCCUUCCGUGGUGAGCUCAAACCAUUAACUGUUCACUCUGACUGUAGAAUUGCUGCAGAGAUGUCUGUAGGCCAGUGGCAGCAUUCGCUGCCUUCCUCAGCCAGCUUCCUGCCUUACUGUAUGUUCAUUGUCCUGUUUGGUGUUCCCUCAUUAGCCAUCUCCAUCCGCCCUCCCCCAGGCGAGACAUGAACUAUCCACUGUGCUGCCACAAGGUCAUGUCCAAUGCCUUCAUGACCUCAGUAGCAAUCACAGAGGCUUAGAGGGCCUGGCCAGGCCUGGCCAUAACCUGGCCUCAUCCAAGAUCUACCCCUGUAGCAAUACCAAGUGCUAUUACAUAAUCAAUGGACAAUUUACAGUUUUAUUUUUAUGAUUAUUUGUUUCUAUAUUACUGUAGAAAAGUGAAAUAAAAAUAUUUCAAAAGGAGAUAUACAAA